AGAUUUUGGCUCAAGCCAAAUUAUCUCAUUUGAUGGAACGCGUGUGACAGUCCUUGCCCAUCGGCAACUAAUAUUGCUUGUCAUGCUCAAGACUGCGUGUGCGCGCCGUCGUUUCGACAUAUCGUCUUGUCUUGCCGGCGAAUGCGAGGACGGGAGCCGCGGAUCUGGUGGUCCAGAUGUUGAUCCAGCAAGCGUCUUUUGGUGCAGGGUACCGGUAAUGAUCCAGCACCAGUUGUUCACUAUCAGGAGGAUCGCAUUGAGCUGUGUCCAUCGUUGGCCCUGCCAUGGAAAGGUUACCCCAUGUGGUGGAGGGCAGCUCUCAGCACUGUUCUGUUCGUUCGUGAGUUCUUGGAGGGGGCCACCGAGCGGACCUACAUUCGGCGAGGCUCUUGCAGCGUAUGGAGCACAGGCCCAGGCAGGUCCUCUGGCGCGCCAUUACACCUACGCGUUGCGCGGGUCGCAGACAGGACGUUGGUACAUUGGUUCCAGAACGUGCCCGCCUGCGGUUUCUUCGCCUGAAGCGGACACAAGUUACAUGGGGUCUUCAAGUGAUUCGCAAUUCAAGCAAGAGCGAAUGCACAAGCUUAUAUUGACGAAGCAUAACACGCGCGCCGAUGUUGUAGAGGCGGAGUGUUUCUUCCACGAAUUUUAUAAUGUAGCCGCAAAUCGUGAGUUUGCCAACCGCGCACGGCAGACUUCAAUUGGAUUUAACCGUCAGGGGGCGCAGCACAAUGAAAGCACAAAGCGGAAGAUUAGCGAGACCCGACAAGGAAAGCUCCACAGCGAGGAGACGAAGCAAAAGAUGAGUGCGGCUAAGCGUGGGGACCGAAACCCAUUCUUUGGAAAGAAGCACAGUGAGGAGACGAAGAAGAAGAUGAGCGAGACCCAGCGAGGAAAGCUCCACAGCGAGGAGACGAAGCAAAAGAUUAGUGCGGCCUUGCGUGGGGACCGACAUCCUUUCUUUGGAAAGAAGCACAGUGAGGAGACGAAGAAGAAGAUGAGCGAGACCCAGCGAGGAAAGCUCCACAGCGAGGAGACGAAGCAAAAGAUCAGUGCGGCCAUGCGUGGGGACCGACAUCCUUUGUUUGGAAAGAACCACAGUGAGGAGACAAAGAAGAAGAUGAGCGAGACCCAGCGAGGAAAGCUCCACAGCGAGGAGACGAAGCAAAAGAUGAGUGCGGCCAUGCGUGGGGACCGACAUCCUUUCUUUGGAAAGAACCACAGUGAGGAGACAAAGAAGAAGAUGAGCGAGACUCGGCGAGGAAAGACCCCCAGCGAUGAGACGAAGCAAAAGAUGAGUGCGGCUAAGCGUGGGGACCGAAACCCUCUCUUCGGAAAGAACCACAGCGAGGAGACGAAGCAGAAGAUGAGUGCGGCUAAGCGUGGGGACCGAAACCCUCUCUUUGGAAAGAGCCACAGCGAGGAGACGAAGCAACAGAUUAGUGCGGCUAAGCGUGGGGACCGAAACCCUCUCUUUGGAAAGAACCACAGCGCGGAGGCAAAGAAAAAGAUGAGCGAGAUCCGGUGAGGAAAGACCCUCAGCAAGGAGACGGAACAACUAUUAGCCUGACGAAGGACCCAACCAUAUGCAGUUGCGAAUGCCGCAUUGUGGGUACCGCU